CCUGAAAGGGAAGCAGAUGCUAUAGUGAAUUUGGGAAUCUGUUUCCCAAACCUCGUAAAGGAAGAGGAACUCGAUACUUUAGAAGACCAACGGAGAGAUUUAUUGUAUUCAAAAGACUCAUUACAAAACAUAUGUGAAAAUCCAACUUCAUUUUGGGUGGAACUUAAAAGAGUUACUGACGGUAACCUCAAGCCCAAAUUUGAGCUGCUUUCUAGAUUUAUGUGCUGCCUGUUAGCCCUCCCUCACUCUUCUGCAUGCGUAGAGAGGGUAUUUUCAAAACUUAAUGUUAUUAAAACCAAACAAACAAACAGACUAAGUGUAACCACAGCAUCAAACCGAUUGCUUGCAAAGCAAGCAAUUUCCCGCCAAGACACACCCUGUUAUUUGUGGCAGCCCUCAAAAUCUCUCAUUAAUGAUGUAAAAACUGGAAAGUGCCACAAGCGGUAUGUGGAAAGAGAAGAGGAGCGACAAAAAGGAGAAAUGACAACAUUGUAUGCUGGUGCUGCCGCUGAUGAAUCGGAUAGUGAGACUGAGAGGGAGCAAACAUUUCUUCAAUAAUAAGGGUUUCAAAAUUUCUGGUCACGUUGAUACCAUCCACCGUCCGCCUUUCAGUUCUUUCAUCAAACUCAAACAUGGGGAAGGAAAGAAAGUCAGAACGUACGGCUACGAUCCGGACCAGAAAGUUUCUGACCAACGGCUCCUUAACAGGAAGCAGAUGGUUGUAGAUGUUCUGCAUCCAGGUAGAGCAACAGUACCAAAAUCAGAAAUCAAAGACCAAAUGUACAAGACAACCGGUGAUGUCGUCUUUGCCUUUGGUUCAAGACACAGUUUGGUGGUGGCAAAACCACUGGCUUUGCUUUGA